UGGCUCAAGAAAAGUCUUUGACGCGGAGACAAGUUUAGGCCGCUGCUCAGCAGCAUCAAUUAAUGUGCAAGACUGAGGGCAGCGUGCAGGUACUGUCGAAGUUAAAGCCGGCGGAGCGCACCGACCUGGACGGCAGCCGGAAUGAGUACCUUUUUCGCACACCAAUCUUGUCCGAUAAGCUGCAGCCGCUUCUGAAGGAUCCGCGCGAUGCCCCGAUGCUGCACUUGAUGCUGAACAUUGCGGAGCUGGUCGUUCCAGGGGUGAUCAUGGUCUUUGCAGUGAACUUGUUGGGCAUGGCAGGGUGGGUGAGGCAUUUUGUCGGAGUCACCUACAUUCUGUCAGUCUUCGGCCUGUUUUUGGAACGCUUCAUGUUGAUGAUGCAUUUUUCUUCCCACCGCACCAUCUUCCAAAACGACACAUUGAACGCUCUGCAAGUCUGGCUUUACGCGCCCUUCUUCGGGGUACCCAUGGGCGUUUACAAGAUCCACCACGUGAUCAUGCACCACAUCGAGAACAACCACGAGCUAGACGCGUCUUCAACUGAGCAGUUCCAGCGAGACUCCUGGGCUCACUUCUUCAGGUACUGGGCGCGGUUUGUCUUUGGGGUGUGGAUCGAGCUGCCGCUCUACUGCCUUCAAUCGAAGCGCUGGGAGAUGGCCAAGACUUUGAUUGUGGGCCUGGGCGGCUAUAUUUGCUUCCUCUAUGUGCUGGCCACGUAUGUCAACUUCACCGCAACGCUCUACGCCUUCAUGAUCCCAUAUGUCAUUGCGAUGUCAGCGCUAGCGUUUGGCAACUGGUCUCAGCACAUCUUCGUCAAUCCCGAGGACUCAAUGAGCAACUUUGGCCUCACCUACAACUGCCUGGACAAUGGGGCCAACAAGCGGACCUUCAACGACGGGUACCACGCUAUCCACCACAUCAAUGCUCGGCUUCACUGGUCCGAGCUGCCAGAAUACUUCCUGCAAAACCAGGAGACAAGCAUAUCUCUGGCGGGGCCCUGACCUUCCGCGGAGUGGAUUUUUUCGAGGUGGGUGUAUACACUAUGACCAAGCAGCUGAAUAAGCUGGCGCCGUACUAUGUCCACCUGGGUUCUGAGGAGACAAAGCCAAGCCUGCAGGAGAUCGAGGAUAAGCUGCGGAAGUGGCGUCCGAAAAGGAAGUCCCUAAUUUGGAGGGAUCCGCGAUCGAGGCUGGUUCCCAUCUCUCGCGAAGCGCAAGCUGCCAAGAAGGCCAAGGGCCAAUAGGUCUCUUAGCCAGCUGGCCAAAGCGCCAGCGAAAGCCGGGCCCGCACGAUAGAUGCGCGAGGCAGUAAUUGAGCAAUUUUUGCACUUUGAGUUCGUUUCUGAGGAGACCCAAGCAAUUUGAUUUAUUGUACUACGGCCAGGGGGCCAGAGAACUGAGUUGCAUGGCUUGAACUUCCAGUUGGCCACGCAGUGAAUCUGCAAACAAAGUCAAUCAGUGGAUUGUGUUGCGGGGUGCUCAGGAGCUCAAACGAGCGGAUCCUUUGCGUCGAAUACUGUUCAGGAGUCGC